AUGGUGGGCUCCUUAUCCUUGAUUCCAAGAUGCGUUUUGCUUCUGCUUUCAACUGGACCUCCUGCGCUGCAAAUGCAAUGCUCAACCCUGGCGGCACGGGUGCAUAGAGCCAAACGUGGUCGUCGCUCCGGGAAAGCAAAGACCCGCGUCCUCGUUCCCAGAAAAUCAGGUACUACCUCAGCCGCUGCUGCCAAGACGAAAACCGGCAAAAGGAGAUCGAAAUCGCACUCCCAACAUGUCGUGACCAAGCAGGAAAGGCUCGCCAUCCGGAAGGAGCUGCAGAGGUUGCUCGAGGAAAAUCGGGAAGACGAGGGGGACGAGGACGAGUCUUCUGCCGAGGACCAGGACGGGGAAGAGACAGACACUGAGCCUGCAGACGCGACCGAGGAAGCUACAACCAGCGAAGGAGGAGAGGAACAAACCACUUCAGGAGUUGCAGAGGGAAAUGAAGAACCACCAGAACAGACCCUAGAACAGGAGCAAGCCGCGGAGCAGCAGGAAGUUGCAAAAGAGCAGGCGCAGGCGUCGCAGGAAGAUGCUGCGGAGGCAGCGGAGGCACAGCAGGAACAGGCGGCGGAAAUGGCGGAGGAACAAGAGCAGGAUGAGCUGGACACAGGGUCUACGUCGUCAUCAAACGCUCUUUCUGGUAGCCGCGGUGGUGGCGCAGCGAGCGGUCCAGCAGCCCCGGUUAUUUCUCCGACCCCGAUGGUGGUGCCAGCACCAGAUAGUUCUCCUGCGGGGCGAACAACUGCAAGUGCACCGGCACCAAUGGACGGUCCAGAAGUUGUUUCCUCGAGCACUCCGAGCGCCAGCAGUGCACCGCCACCUGGAUCCGUGAUUGUUCCCACAGAAACCGCUUCCGCACCAGAGCAAGUAGUACCCGAAGUAGACCCGACCGGCAUCAGCGAGGCGGACGCAGCGGACGAUUUGGUAGCGUCAGCAGCUGGAUCUACUUCUUCUGGAUCGACGGGUUCAGGUUCUUCGACGGCUGCAGAGAAACCAGUCCUCCCGGAAAAGAACCUCCAAACCUGGCGGUUUCUCCGCGAGUCGGCUGCGAAAGUCGGGGCCAUCGCGCAACAGCUGUUAAGCGUGCAAGCGCGGGUGGACGGCGCGCGGAAAUUCGUGGAGCAGGACAGAUUGCAGUGGGAAGCCGCGGAGAAGGACCUGGAAAUGCGGAACGCGGAUUUGAAAGCCUCGUUGGCGCAGUUGCGAAAACAGGCGAGGGAAAACCAAAUCGCAAGGGACGACUGGUCUGUGAAAAAGGAGAAGAUUCAAACUGGUAUAGGAUUUUUCAAUGAUAGAUUUCCACCUUUGUCAGCGAUUGUAUAGUAUGUAUGCAUGACACGUUCAAACAGGUUUGGAAUUUGGGCAAUACAAAGUUACUCCAUGAAUUAUGAUUAUCACAGUCCGCACCCGCAUUCUCGGUGUGGAAGAGGACAUGCAACGCAACGCGGAGCAGUUUUUGGAGAAAAAAGCGGAUUUGGCGGACGAAAUUUCUAGUUUGAAGGAUCGGGUUGCCGAGUACCGACAGCAAGAGGCCGAGGAGGAACAGCAGGAGGAGGAAGGCAGUUCGUCUGCUGAAGAAGAGAAGGAAGCUGCGUCGUCGGGUGAAGAUGAGUCUGACAGCCUGUCCAUGGUGGCCACUACUAAGAGAACAGCAAGUGUAGCGCCGCGAAUCAUGCCGAAGAAGAUGGGAGCCGAUGGCAGUAGCACCAAACCGACGAAGCAAGCACCACCACGGCAGAAGACAACAAAGAGGAAAACCUUUUUGCACCAGCAAAGCAAGGCUAAGUCCGGCUCGCGGAAAACUACGGCUAAAAACAGCAAGAGCGCAGCGAGCGGUGUGAAGAAGGAGCACCAGAAGCGGAAGAAACAAUCGAAGGAGCACGGCAAAAGCAAGAAAAAAUCGGUGGAGGAGACUGCUGACGCAAUGGUCCGAGAGAUACGGGAAAUGCAACAGCAGCUGCAGAAGCUUAAGGCGAUGAACAAAGCAGGUACGACGACUACUACGGCGAAGAGAACAAGGACUGCUGCUACUUCUGCGGCAAAUCAAAGUACUAGCAAGGAAGAAUCCAACGCACGGAGAGCCACGUCUGCGCUGCAACUGCAGCAAAGAGCAACCGCACCCUCAUGCCCGAAGGCGGAGGAGCUGAAGGAGCAGUUGAAGGAAUGUCUGAGUUAGAGGAAAAAUUGACAAGAAGACCAUUUUACCCAAUUUUUUCCAUAUCAAACGCAACAGCCGUCAAUUUACUUUUUGUUUUUUCUGCACCAAAGGACAGGAUCCAUGUGCCGCCGUGAGAAUCACCUUGAAAAUCGACCGUAUGGUGAAGGUCUCCUUCGUGAAAACGCACUAGCUACACUGAAAACUACCAUGCUGACGUGCUGUCCACAGAUCUGGAAAAUUGCUUAGUCCAAGUUUCGCCGUUAUCGUUAUGCAC